UUCCCUCGCUUGUCCCCGCUCUCGCGCUGCUUCCGCCCGCCGCCCGCUGCUGUCGUCUGUCAGCUCCCUCGCGCUACCGGCUGCGGGAUAAGGCAAGCUUGUCGCUCGCCUAGUCGCCUUGGUGCUUCCAGGCAGCGCUUCCUCUGCAUUGCAAUUGCAUUGCACAUCGGAACCAAUGGAUUCCUCUAGAGGCGCCAUCCGCUUCCUCGUCCACCGCCGCGUGCUGCUCCUGCUGCUGCUCGUCGCGUCGUCGUCCCUCGUCGGCACGUCGCGUGGCAGGGAGGCGCAGCCGCUGCCCGUGGCGGCGGCGGCCACGGUCCUCGGCAGCAGGCGCGCGCCGGAGCGGCACGGGCUGGCGCUGGACUUCUACGCCAAGACGUGCCCCGCGGUCGACCAGAUCGUCGGCAACGUCACCGCCGCCAGGUACAGGGACUUCCCCGCCGCCGGACCCGCCGUGCUCCGCCUCUUCCACCACGACUGCUUCGUCGAAGGGUGUGACGCGUCCGUUUUGAUCGCGCCGACGGCCGACGCGGCCGCGCGCUCGCCGCCCAGGGUGGAGCGCGACGUGGAGGAGAACAGGAACCUGCCGCAGGAGGCGUUCGACACGGUGGAGCUUGCCAAGGCCGCCGUGGAGAGCAAGUGCCCCGGCAUCGUCUCCUGCGCCGACGUCCUCGCCCUCGCCGCCCGAGACUACGUCCAGCUGGCAGGUGGGCCGUAUUACGCGGUGAAGAAGGGCCGUAAGGACAGCAAGGUGUCCCUGGCGGGGAAAGUCCGGGGCAGCCUCCCGCGGGCCAACUCGACGGUGGACGAGCUCCUCCGCGUGUUCGCGGGCAAGGGCCUGGGCGCGGCGGACCUGGUGGCGCUGUCCGGCGCGCACACCGUCGGCUUCGCGCACUGCGUCCACGUGCUGGGCCGCAUCUACGACUUCCGGGGCACGCGGCGGCCGGACCCGCUGAUGGACGGCCGCCUCGUGAAGGCGCUCCGGAUGUCUUGCCCGUCGUCGGGCGGCAGCGCCCGCGUCGUGGUGCCCUUCGACGUGAGCACGCCGUUCCAGUUCGACCACGCCUACUACGGCAACCUGCAGGCGAGGCUCGGCCUGCUGGCUUCCGACCAGGCGCUGUUCCUGGACGCGCGGACCAGGCCGCUCGUGCAGGACCUCGCCGGCAACAAGACCCGCUUCUUCCAGGCGUUCGUGGCCAGCAUCGACAGGAUGGGCUCCAUCCGGAUCAAGAAGGGCAGGAAAGGGGAGGUCAGGAAAGUCUGCAGCCAGCACCUGUUGUCAGCCUGAUGAUCCAUCUGCAGCAGCAAGCAUGGCAGCAUGUCGUUGCGUGAUUUAGGCCUUGUUUAGUUCCCAAAAAUUUUCAAGAUUCCUCGUCAAAUCGAAUCUUUGGUCGCAUGCAUGGAGCAUUAAAUAUA